UCUAAGUGUUUUAGUUUGACACUGGACAAACCCAGGGAUUAGUCAGUAAAUCACUUCUUCACUUCUUUAUUGAACCCCAUUGGACCACUCAAGGUUGAGGAGUUCCCUAAUGGGGCAGGACUGCAGCUUGAUUGGGCAGAGCGGUCAAUCUGAGGUGGUGCAGGGCUUGGAUUGGUCCAGGUGUCUGAGCCCGCCCCCAAUGCUAGUGGGCGGUUCGGUUCCUGCCCCGGGACCUGAAGAGUUUACACCGCUGCUCUUGGAGCGAGUACUUCACGGCACUCGCAGAGAUUGCAAAGUGCAAGGACCAACACCAUGAGAUCUUCAGGAGCCCGCAGAGCCCCCAGUUGUGGGGUGCUGGAGCUGCAUGUCUUUUGUGUUCCGGAUGACCUGUGGAACAACGCACUGAACACUGUUUCCACCCACGCCAUUAGUAAAUUCAUCUCUGUCGGGUUUGUCAGGGUACUGCCUGACCUGAGUUUGAAGGCACUAAGGCUGCAGAUUGGAAAUCUCCUGGGAGCUGAGACAGUCGAUGAUAAAUUUGCCUUUCUGAAAUGUGUGGGGAGGAGUUUGGCUGUGGUCAGAUCGAAGCAAGAACUGGAACUCAAGGUGAAGUCCUUCGCACCUCCUCAUGCUCCCCAGCCAGAACUCUACUUACUGCACUGCGCAGGGUUCAUUGGCAGAAAAUGGAUGAGCGGGACGUUGAGGCCUGGAUCUCUGCAACGUCCUAGAAAAGGUUCAGACCCCUACGCCCUUCAUCCAGGACUGCCCUUGGAUGGCAAUGAGUCUUCAGGUGGCUGCAAGUCCUCCAGUUGCACGUGCCACGGGUGUGUUGACAAGGGACUGGGCCGGCAACAUGACUACUUAACGGAGCGCAGACCAGUGAGUUCCAACCGAGACGAGAAGAGUACAAGGGGAGAGCAGAAUUCCAACAGGCUUCACCUUGCAGGGUCCCCAGAGAUGACUGGGAAGGACCCGCAUCGCACAUCAACAAGUGGACCUUCAGAGAAUGGGGAUUUGAGAGAAUUUAAAGGCGAUGACUUUCCGCAGUCAGAUGUGUACUGUUCCUGGGAGCAGGGGUCACCAACCGAAAAAAUCUCGAGACCCUCCCAGCUGAGGAUAAUAAGGGAUCGACUGGACGAGGGUCCGGCUCAGCUGAGGAAACAAGACUCCGGGACAGAAGUUUCUUCCGUGGGACCUGGUCUAAUGCUUAGCCAUUCAAUUCCAAAGGAAACCAGGAUUCACAGCAAUAACACAAUGGAUUCGGGGAUCCCAGAAUCGCUGGAUGACAGGGAUGUGGAAUACUUAGAAAAUCAAAGGAAAAAAAGUCAGCAAGCUGGUCGAGAUCCAGGAUCUAGAAGUGUUGGACAAGACACCAGCCAGACACCGGGCAGCAGUGGCAGAGAAUUGGAUUAUUCACUUGGUGAGAAGCAGUAUUCCCCUCCGCCACCACCUCCACCUCUCCUGACUGCCGAUGUACAAAGGCCCCACAUGCCAACAGACACGGAAGAACUUAUUGCACAGAUAAAUGCUGUAAAACAAGAAAGAAAAAGCCUUGAGAAGACGAGGGAAGAGCUGGUGAAAAAGGCAAAGUCGUUGUUAUCACAGAACCGACUGAGGCAAAACCAAGUGCGUGACAGCUGGAAGAAGCAAUACUUUGAGGCAAAGAAGUCGACGGGUCUGCUGGAAGGGACGACCGUCAGAUUACGGCUGGAGUUGGAGACCUUCUACCAGAAGCUGCUGCAUCAGCUGAGCGCCCGCGUAACCAGGAGACGGCUCCGCAAACUGCCCCCUACCAGCGCUUCCAAAAAUGAGCUAAUCAUUCAGAUUACAACACUCAAGCACGAAAUUGAUCAGCUUUAUCGAAGACUGGAAAGUGCCAAAAUGAAGUUGGUCACUGAGAUGAAGCUGAGGAAGCAGACUUUGAUGGACCUCAAGGCCCUCCGAGCAGAGUUGGCACAGAAGAAGACUCGCUCGUCUCUGAACCGGCUGCACGGUGCCUCUACUCCCCACGGCCUGGACAUCCUUGCUGCUUAGUAAUGCGGAAGGGCACUGAGCUGUCCCUUACCCCAGCAUCACAACACCACCCGCCCCCACAUUGGCUGUGAAGUCCUUGGGUACUCACCACUCCGCAUGAAUGGAAGAUUUUAUUUUAAUCCUCAUUCGGUAAUUGCAGAGGGUUGUUGAGGUAACCCAGUCCAUCACACAGACCAAAUAUCAAUGGAUAUUUUUAAGGCAGAUAUAGAUAAUUCUAGAUAAUACAGGUGUCAGGGGUUAUGGGGAGAUGGCAGAAGAAUGGAGUUAGGAAGGAAAGAUAGAUCAGCCAUGAUUGAAUGGCGGAGUAGACUUGAUGGGCUGAAUGGCCUAAUUCUGUUCCUAUCACUUAUGAACAUGACUCCCCACCAUGGACUCCAUCUACACUUUACGCUGCCUCGGGAAAGCAGCCAACCUAAUCAAGGACUUGUCCCACCUUGGUAAUUUCUUCUACUUCCUCCUCCCAAUGGGCAGUAGGUACAGAAGCUUCAAACUUGUAGAUAGAUCAGCCAAGAUUAAAUGGCACAGUAGACUUGAUGGGCCAAAUGGCCUAAUUCUACUCAUAUCAGUUAUGACCUUAUGUUCUCACUCCUCAGCAAAUGAGUAUAGUGGGCAAAUGGUCACGCAGUAGACUGUUCCACCCAAGCAACGGUAAGCUUGAAGUCAAAGAGGAACCACCUUUCUUUUUACUUACAGCAACACCAGCUGAGUAGCGAUCCCACCACUAGGGGCAGCCUCCUCUCACUCCAUCCUCCAUUUCCCACUGGAUCCAGGGGGUCAAAGAAGUCAAUUUAAGCUUUAGACGACAAGUAGUGGUGGAAGGGUGGAUGUACACAAUGAGUUGAAGAAUCGCCCCGACCCACAACGUUGCCUGGCCAUUCCCACAACAGAUGCUGAUUCUCCAGAACUUUGUGUUUUACUCAAGAUUCAGGGGUUAUGGGGAGAAUGCUGGAGAAUGAGGUUGAGAGUGAGAGAUUGAUCAGCCGUUUUUGAAUGGUGGAGUAGACUUGAUGGGCCGAAUGGCCUGAUUCUGCUCCUAGUAGUUAUGAAGAUUCCAGCAUCUGUAGUUCCUUCUAACUCUCUGGAGACAUUGGGCUGCAUGGUGAAGCAGUGAUAGAGUUGCUGCCUGGUACAGUAGACCCGGGUUCCAUCCUGACUACGGGUACAGAGUCCAUCCCCCCCCCCCGUGAAUGCAUGGGUUUUCAACGGGAUCUUCGGUUUCCUCCCACACUCCAAAGACGUGCAGGUUUGUAAUUACCACAGCCAGACAUAAAAACAGUUUUUAUCCACAAGUAGUUGCUCUACUCAACAGCCAAAAAUUUGUAGCCUCCCUUUGAUUUGGUAUAUUGUUGGUUCACAUGCUUGAUCAAUGGUGUUUUAUCAUUAAUGCUUUAUUAUUAUUAUUAUUAUUAUUAUUAUUAUUAUUAAUGUUUAGUGUUUUCUGAGUCAUUCGUAACUGUCACUGUAUGUCAUGUUGUUACUUGUGGGCAGAGCACCAAGGCAAAUUCCUUGUAUGUGAAUACUUGGCCAAUAAACUUACUUACUUCCUUACUUACUUAAUUGGCAUAGGUAUAAGUGUAAAUUGUCCCUAGUGUGUGUAGGAUAAUGUUAGUUGUGUGGGGAUCGCUGGUCGGCGCGGACUCGGUGGGCCAAAGGGCCGGUUUCCUCACUGUAUCCCUAAUCUAAACUAAUCUUAAAAAUUGGCUCUAAACCUCGGUGUGAACGGAGGGUACGGAGUCUGAGGUGGAGGAGAUGGAGUCUGGGGUAGAAGGGGCAGGGUUUGGGGCAGAGCGGCGGAAUCUGCACUCUCUGUAUCUGGGACACUACAUUUUGCAAGCCUGAUGUAAUCUGGAAUAAUAUGAUAGCAGAAUAGCAUGCAAUACAAUGCUUUUCAUUGUAUCUCGGUACAUGUAACAGUAAUAAUCCAAUACCAUUGAGCAGGUGGGAAAUAUGUGACUCAAUAAGGUGUCAACACUUCAAAACUUCAAGCCAGGAAGGGUUACAAGUUGCUAAAUAAAUAUUGUAAUAUGCUCAUGUGAUUGAGGUGAUUUAAUGAUAGGCCGCUCAGCCCAUCGAGUCUACUUUGCCAUUCAAUCAUGGCUGAUCUACCUUUCCCUUUUAACCAAAUUCUCCUGCCUUCUCCACAUAACCCCUGACACCCAUACUAAUCAAGAAUCUAUCUAUCUCUACCUUAAAAAUAUUAAUUGACUUAGCCUCCACAGCUUUCUGUGGCAAUGGAUUUCACAGAUUCACCACCCUCUGACUAAAGACCAGAAGGAAACCACUCCCUGACUAGUAAACUGCUAUGUAUGAAAUAUAAUUAACAUAUUUGAUGUCUUGCGCAAUGGUACGCAUGCGCAGGAGAGAAUCAUGGGGAGUUCAGAUUAAAGAAGCUUGGUAGUUACCUCCCAUGUCCGUGUUAUUUAAAGUCCGUUUCAAGCACCAAAUACACAACAUAAACCUAUCGAUGGAAUGUAUGAUGAGCGUUUGACGGCCCUGAGUUUAUGUUUAAUUUAUUGUCACGUGUACCGAGGUACAAUGAUAAGCUUUUUAUGCGUGCUGUCAAGUCUGCGGAAAGGCAAUACAUGAUUACAAUCGAGCCUUCCACAGUGUACAGAUACAUGAUAAAGGGAGUAACGUUUAGUGCAAGAUUAAGUCCAAAAGCACAGUCUUAUAAAGCUGUGUUAUGAUUUCCUGACAUCUUCAAUGUUUAAGAAAGAACUGCAGAUGGUGGGAAAAAUCGAAGGUAGACACAAAAUGCUGGCGAAAUGAGGCAGCAUCUAUGGAAGGAAUCCGUAUCCAAGGAAUUGACGAUGUUUCAGGUCGAGGCCCUGGAUCUGGAUCUGGGUGUAGUACGCUGAAAAUCUCCAGGUAGAGCAUCACUCAGCACUUCUACUGAACAUUUAUUUUACAUUUUAUCAAGCCAAUUAACCUGCAAACCUCUGCGUCUUUGGAGUGUGGGAGGACCUUGCAGGUCACGGGGAGAACGUACAAACUCCAUACAGACAGCACCCGUAGCCGGGAUCGAACCCGGGUCCAUGGCGCUGCAUUUUGCAAGGCAGCAACUCUACCGUUGCGCCACCGUGACUAGCUAUCUUCAGACCUUAUCGUUAAUGUCCCAGUCCAUGAAGGCACGCAUAUCAUAUACCACCUUUACCAUUCUAUCUCCUAGUGUUGCCAGUUUCAGGAAGUUAUGGACUUAUGAAAGUUUAUGAGACUUAAAAAAUUAAUGAAGCAGUAAAGUGUGGCAGUGUGAUAUAACAAAUUGACUUUGAGAUGUGAAGCAGCAAACUGAAAGAAUAUCGGAAUAUUUUAUACUCUCAGUUGCAAAAGAACUACAUUCAUUGAAUAUUAUGAAGUCAUCUUGGUUAAUGAUAAUUCCAAAGACAAAAUCAUUGGAAAAUGAAAUAUCAGUAAUUAUCUCGUGUAUACUUGCACUUGUCAUAAUUAAUAUAAUACACAACACAAAUUUUCCUUGAAUUGUAUCAACUUGAGCCUUCAUUCAGCUGAAGGAUUUGCUAGCAAAGAUUUGAGUGCAUUCUGGAAUCAAUUUGCAAGAUCUGAAAUCAUUAAUUGAUUGAAACACAUUGUUUCGAUGAAAUAUUAAAUCUAAUUUCGGUCCUGGUCUCUAGAUUUCUUCAGAAGGAAAACAAAAUGGUGUUAUUCACUGCUGAUGCUUCUUGUUCAUUGUUAGAGUAGGGCGUUCCACAAUGAUUGUGGCUUCCUCACCUCCGCAGCUUUGGAACUGUACGUCAGGAAAUUUCCUGUCCAAAUACCAAUUCCACGAAGUUUUAGUUUCUUCAUGAGA